UACGCACACACUGUAAACAGGAAGUGGUCUGCUCGAUUUUCAGACCUGGGAGUGAGUCAUGGGCAAAAGCUGUAAAGUGGUUGUAUGUGGCCAGGCUGCAGUUGGUAAAACAGCUGUACUGGAACAACUGCUGUAUGCUAACCAUGUUGCAGGUUCAGAGCCCAUGGAGACCCUGGAAGAUAUCUACAUCGGCUCCAUAGAAACUGACCGCGGCACACGAGAGCAGGUGCGCUUCUAUGACACCCGAGGGCUCCGCGAUGGGCUGGAGUUUCCUCGACAUUACUUCACUUUUGCGGAUGGCUUCGUGCUUGUCUACAGCAUUGACAGUAAAGAGUCUUUUAAGCGGAUGGAGGCCCUAAAAAAAGAAAUCGACCGUCACCGAGACAAGAAGGAGGUGACCAUUGUUGUGCUGGGUAACAAACUGGACAGGCAGGACGAGAGGAGAGUCGAGGUUAACAUGGCCCAGAACUGGGCCAAGAACGAGAAGGUGCGUCUGUGGGAGGUGUCGGUGGUGGAUCGGCGCACGCUGAUUGAACCCUUCGUCUACCUAGCCAGCAAAAUGACCCAGCCACAGAGCAAGUCCACCUUCCCUCUCAGUCGCAAUAAGAACAAGGGAAGUGGUUCUACAGACAGCUAAAUGAUAAGACACUGGUGCUAUGUGAAGAGUGAGUAAGGAGACAGGAGAGGGGUGCAGAAUGGAAUCAAACCCUUAGUAUCUAUUCAGAAACACUGAAGCAUUGAGGGAGUAGACGCUCUUUUGGAUAAAGUGGAGAGAAAGAUGGUUGAUUGUAGGGACAUUUAUUUUGACAGUGAGUGCUAUCUAAAUUUGAUGUGUGUGGAAAAAUAAGACUUUAUGAUGACUUUGUGAGAACGCUGAUGUUUUGGCAUAUCAGCUGAGAAAUGGACGAAUACUGGGGUUUGGGUUAGUCAUUCCCAUUUUAACAGGUUGUGUUAUUGUCAAACUAUUCAUCAUCCGUUAGCUAAGGUUCCUGUCAUGCUGAAGUUCUUGAGCUGCUGACAAUUCACAUUUAAAUCUCAGUUGAUACUUUCAGGGUCAGAAUAUAAAGAUGGCAGACUCCUGGCUCUCCUCGUGUUGAUAAAUUAGAACCUAUCUCACAUGUACACUGGCUACAGAUGUAUUUGCAUGAACGCUACAUGUUUAUACAAACUGAACUCACUCUUGUUACCUGAUGAUUGCAUCACACGAAUGCUGAAUUCUUCGCAUUGUAAAAAGACCCAACAUGUGAAGGGACGUUUAUUGACACAUUAUUGAUGUUGUACAGUAAUUUUGCUGAUCCAGAGAUUUGUUACACCUUUUAUGUUCCUUUAUUGGGAGUGAAUGAUUGACAUUCCUUCAACACAUAUUGCCUUCUGUACAAGCUUUAGAAAAGCACAUGUGUUAUAAAAAAAAAAUGUUCAUAUGAAUCGAGGUUUCUGCAGGAUCAGAUGCUGCUUUUUUUGUGUGACACAUGAAAGACAGAGCAUUCAAUAUCGUCAGAUGUUCUGGCAUGAACAAAACAACUCAUCGUAUAGUUAGACAUAGUUACAGAUGAAGUUGAGGCUGAGAUCUUUUUAAAUUUUUUUUUUUUACAAAAGUAAAAUUAAAUAUAAGUAAUAACCUGGUCACUGAACUGUUUAUUCAGGAAGCAGCACGAGUGAAAAUUUGAGAAGCUUCCAAUGUGUGUUUUAUGAAAAGGGAAAUGUGUCGAUAUUGUUUUGAAUAUCAUGAGUUUGUGCCAGAGUUGAUUAGAAUUAUGUACCAUACAUGCAACGUUGUUUAGAUGUGGAAACAAAGCCUUCUCUGUUAUUAUCAGUACACCAUGUUCACUUCAGUUUUGUUUGCGUUUCUUGUGAAUAAAUUAAAAAAUAAAUGGUGUUCCUCUUUCCAGA